AUGGCAAACUCAAGAAGCGAAAAGGAUUUCUUUCAGGAUGAAUUAGAAGAAGAAAAUGUGAUACUCACCUUGGUUCCAAUAAGCGAGGAACAUAAUGAACAUCAAGUGGAACCAAGUGUUUCUUCAACCUCAGACAGCAACGAUAAAGUUAAUCUUCCUCAAAUGAGUGAACAAUUCAAAGAUUGCCCAAAACCAAUCCUUCCCUUGCCAACCACUUUGCCAUCAUAUAAUAAAGUACGUCUCAACACUUUGCAGAACUGGUGCCAACAAUUGAAUUUGAGUACUGAUGGUAAGAAACUAGAGGUUUAUCUGAGGCUCAGGGAACAUGCUUAUUUUGAAAAAAAGCGAGUGAAUGGGAAGCAUGGAUGCAGUGUAAAUAGUGUUGCUGAAACACCAGAAGAGGACACAUUGCAGUCAUGUUCGGGGGAAUUGACCAAGAAAGCAAGGAGUAAGAAAAGUCAUCAGAUGAGUAAAAGAGAGGAAGAGACUCAUACAGUUGAAAUGACCAUGACCAAUACAGUUGAAGUGAUAACUUCAGCUCGUGAGGCCAUGUUGGCAGCAUGGUCAAGAAUUGCUGCAAGAGGCUCGCUAUCUAAGGCUGCAAAUACAUAUAAAAUUCCUAUUUCUGUUGAGAAUUUUCUGCUGCAAACAUCUGGUGUCAGGUGGUGUGUGGUCCAUGGCAGACAUCUCCUGGCAGACAAAAAGGGUUGGGUUCGCCUGCAGUUCCAUGCAGGUCAGACCUGGGUGCCUGACACUCCCACGAAGAUGAUUUCUCUCUUACUUUUACCGGCCUGUACUUUCCCAUCCCCAGACCUAGAAGAUAAUAUGUUAUGCCCUGACUGUGUUAAGAGGAAUAAAAAGAUGAUGGAGAAAUUAGGUAAAAUGAGGAAGAGAAGGUAA